GCCGAAGCUCCGACCGAGCCUUUCUUUGCCUGCGGUGUUGAGCAAAGCGAAGGUGAAAGCAGCUGGCUGCCGCCUCUUUCGCGAGAGCCCCAGGCUGGCUCCCGGCCCUCAGUUAGACCCUUUGGGGAAGGAGAAGGAGGGCUUCUCUUUUCCCAGACAGGCCUCUGCUGCGCGCCUGCCCGCCCGCUGGGCCUGGAUGUGAGUGGCUCAGUGUCAGUCCGCGCAGGCGGCCCUGGCUGGAACACGGGGUAUGUGACAGCCAUCUGAGCAGAAGACUCGCUUCCCUUGGUGAUAAAAGCUGAGCAUGGGGUGAGGUGAACUUCAGUUAUAUCUUCUUUGUGGGUGCUUUUCAAGUAAUACAGGUUGUACUUCACGGUGAACAGCACCAGCAAGUUCUCUUGCUGAAAGAGUCCAGGCUGCUGUGGGCUUCAUGCCUGGGAUCCAAACUGAUACUAUAAGUUUGUACUUGGCAGGCAUUCGCUUCAGAGCAGCAGUGGACCCUGUGCUCCAAGUGUACCCAUCAGCUGUGCCCGGGGAAGAGGGUCAUCAAGUGUCCCAGCUGUAGAAAGAGGAGGAGGAAAGUUCUGCUUUUGGAGUUCAGGCACUGUGCUGCUACCCAGGAGACUGCUAGCUGCUUCACUUAGGAUAGCAAGCAAACUGGCGUUCAGCUGUGAUAUUUUCCCCAUUCCUGGAGUUGCAGCUCCAUAUGUCACUGCCCCAGCAGAAGCUGCUGACCUGGCUGAGCGUGCUAGAAUGUGUGGAGGUCUUUGCAGAGAUGGGGACAGCCAGGGUGUGGGGGGAGAUGGGCCGAUGGACCAUCAUUGUCCUCAUCCAGUUGGCUAAGGCCAUCCUCCGCCUCCUGCUGCUGCUGUGGUAUAAAGCUGGCAUCCAAACAUCUCCUCCCAUAGUGCCGCUGAACAGGGAGCAGCAGCAGUCUCUCCACUCUGAAGAUGUGGAAGGCAGCUCCUCAGGGAAAGAUCAGACCUAUGUUGGUAGGCGUUCCAGCCGUGUUGUCAGAUCUCUCCAAAAUACUCCUUCCCUGCAGUCCAGGCACUGGGGAUCCCCCCAGCAGAGGGAGGAGACACAGAGCCGAAGAGCAGAGGAGAUGAAUCAGCCUCCUACUCCUCUGGGUCUCCAAGAAACAAUUGCAGAAUCGCUCUACGUUACCCGUCCUCUGCUCCACUUAUUGAGUUUGGGAGUGUGGGGACAGAGAUCAUGGAAACCCUGGCUCCUCUCAGCCGUCCUGGAUAUCUCGAGUUUGAGCUUGCUGAGUGAUCUGAAAGACCUGAACAGGAGAGAGCGAGCAGAGUUGAGGAGACGAACUAUCCUACUGCUGUACUACCUGUUGAGAUCUCCUUUCUAUGACCGAUACUCAGAGGCAAGGAUCCUCUUCCUCCUGCGUUUGUUGGCUGAUUACGUGCCUGGACUUGGCUUUGUCACACGGCCACUGAUGGAUUACUUGCCUGCCUGGCAGAAAAUCUAUUUCUAUAACUGGGGCUGAUGAGAAGAUGAUGAUUUUUAUUUGCUAAGAUCAGGGAUGGUUGUUUCUAAGGAGGGCUGGGGGAAGGCAUGUUGAUUUUAUCUAAUUUUCAGUUAAACCAUCAAUGAGAAGCUCCUGUUCUGCAGGGUGGGGAGGGGGGUGUAAAUAGUUUUUUAACAGAUCUGGCUGUGAAUGAUGGACACUACGUGUGUGGAGAGACCUUGGCCACCUCUUUCUAUGAACUGUUGUGGCUGCAGUGAUGGUGACGGGACAACCUUUUUUAAGCACUUGAUUUUUCUCCUUUUGUAUGGCUGCGCUAUACUAAAGCCAGGCAGCGUAGAGAUUUUUGGAGAGCAUAGUCUCCCACCUCGUGGCGUUGAGACUGACCUACAGCCUGCUUGUGUUGGCCAUGCCUGGCCGAUCUGCUUGGAGUGGGCUUGUCUGUCAAAUAAACUGACUGAAUGGAAAGAACUGAGCUGAAGGAGCUCUUUUCCCUUACUUA